ACAAUCGAUCGCGCUGGAACUGUUCUUCAAACAAAAUGUAUAGUCAACGUUUGUUAGUAGCGCUGUGCUCAGUACUGAUACUUACAGUGGCUGCCGACGGAGAUGCUACUUCCCACAACAGCCUUAAAUCUAAGCUGCCUAGACCGGGUGUCUGCGGAGUCAACCUGGCCGAUCGAAUUAUUGGGGGCCAAAAGACGGCACUCAAUGCAUAUCCUUGGACCGUGCUGCUAAUUGCGCAACCAACCAAUGGGAACUCGCAAUCGUACAGCUGCGGUGGAUCGCUAAUAUCCGAUCAGUAUGUCCUGACGGCGGCGCAUUGCUUCAGGGAGCUGCCACCUGGUUUUAACAUAACCAAAGUUCGGUUAGGCGAAUGGGAUCUUUUGAGUGAGGAAGAUUGUGUUGACGGCGUCUGUGCGGACAAACCUAUCGAUAUCGACGUCGGAAGCGCAGCUAUUCAUGAGGAUUAUGAUUCAGUAGAUAUUCACAAUGAUAUUGCUCUGAUUAAACUAUCGAGAAAAGUGAGCUAUACAGAUUUCAUUUCUCCGGUGUGCCUUCCUCUGUCGAUUUCGAAUAACGAACCGGACUCCAGCAAAAAUUUUACUGUAGUCGGAUGGGGAGCCACCGAGAGGGGACAAGAGCGACCAGGCGUGUUUGGCAAUCGUUACAAGCUGGAGGUUGUCGUACCUGGUGUAGAUCUGGACGAAUGCAAGAAGACGUACCCUAGGCUUAUAGACUCGGAACUUUGCGCUGGAGGUGAGUUACUUAAGGACUCCUGUUCGGGUGACUCCGGUGGUUGCUUGGCAGCUCACGAGGACGAUGGUUACUGGUAUCAGUACGGUGUUGUAAGCUAUGGUCGGGGUUGCGGCCGGCGGGAUACUCCAGGAGUGUAUGCACGCGUCACUAGUUUUCUGUCUUGGAUUGAUAACCACAUGGAAGUAGCUGCAGAGAGUGAUAAUAACGUUGAUGAGAGCUAACAUAAUUAGAAGUAAAAGUGUUGCUGUCAUUUCAUUCAAAUAAUUAUACUUUGAAGGUAAAAUAAAGCUUGCUUCAGAUAGUAU